AUGCCUAGUCUCCAGUCACCUGGUAGUGUCCAAGUGGACAUUGAAGGGCAUCUCCUGGAUGCAAAUAGCUCUGAUCAUAUGCUCUCCAAGGAAGAGCGGCAUGUCAACACCACUCGGGCCAUAUCCCAGCUGGACUCUGUACGAAACAACAUUGAGGAGAGCCUGCAGUGCCUUACCACUGGUGUAUCUCCAGAUACAAUAUGGGACGCACAAGACUGUCUAGGAUGUCUCCACUGCUGCUUCAAUGCUGUUACUCAUCGGACACUGCGCAUCCUCAAAAGAAAGGCAGGACUGUGUGAGUGGCUGAAGCUUUUGGAUGGUCAAUUACUGGAGCUCGAGGCAUUAGUGCCAGAAAGCACCGAUCUGAUGACUUAUAUCUGUGCAUUCACUUUGCAUGGGUGUCAGCUUAAGCAGGACCAGGAGUGUGUGCUGGCAGACAUACCAAGCACAGUGGAUACUGUGGUAUCAAAAUUCAAGCUAGAUGGACAUGUAACAACCUACGCGACAUGCUCAGAGUGCCAAGCCAUAUAUGUGCCUUAUAUUGAGGAAGGAUCUGCUGAUGCAGUAUACCCAGCUACCUGUGCCAGCAAAAUGCUUGGGCUUCUGGAAAGACACAAUAUUGAAUCAUUGAUGGAUAAGGGCCCAUUCGGAUCCCCAGUAACGGGCUCUGAUGUGCGCAAGAGAUCUUGGGCUCACUGGACAGAUGCGGAGGAUGCAAUUAUGGUCCAGGUGUUGAAGGACAAGAAAGAGAAGGGCAACCAGGCUGACAAUGGAUGGAAGAGAUCUGUCUGGAUUGCCAUGGCUGAUGCUCUGAAGGCUGAAGGGUAUGCUGAUGGUGUUGAGAAGACAGCCAGCAAGUGCAUGGAUCACUGGACAAAUCUCAAGGCAGCAUUUGUACAGGUGAAGAGGUUGCGAGGGCCCGAAGUGUCAGACUUUGGGUGGGAUGAUGGGGAUGAAGUUUGGGACUGGUAUAUCAAGUCAGAUGGGCAGGUCACUAUGGACAGAGAUGAUGAUAUGCCUGCUUCCAAUGUAUGGACAUCCUCUACCUCCUCUGCUGCUGACUCUGUAAAAGAUAGAGCCCUCGAUGGGCAAGAGGGUAAACAGCUGGAACAGGUCCCAAAGGCAUCUCAUAAGUGGGAGAGCAAUGAUGAAAUGCCAGCUUGCCUGAAGGCCCACUGCCUCCGAAUUCGACACCAGUCUGGAGCUGAAGCCAUGGUGGAGGUUGCAGAUGCCAUACAGUGUGUUGCGCAAGCGGCUCAGGCUCAGGCCUCUGGCUCCGCUGGUGACAGUGGUGUGCUACCUCUGACAUCACCUCAGCACCGCUCUGCAGCUAUCCGGAAGAUCGAAGAUGAUGGUGAUCUGGCUGAGACAGACCAGGUCCAUGCCAUGAGGCUGUUCUCAAAGAGAACUUCUGUGGCAGAUACGUACCUUGCUAUCUCAAACAGGACCAUUCAUACUCACUUCCUGCAGGCAGAGAUGGAUGACUUGUUUGGUGAUAGCCUCUAG